AUGUGGAUCGUCAACCUCGUCAUUUGCUUCACGCUCGCAGAAUACUUAUUUAGCCUUUACGUAAACCUCCGCCAAUGGAAACGCUAUAAAAUCAAAACUCUUCCAGACGAGCUCAAAGCAGUAGCCACAGAAGAAGAAUUUAUAAAGUCACAAAAUUAUGGAUUUGACAAAAUUUCGUUCAGCAUGGUCAAAACUUAUGUGUCAACCCUAGAGACAAUUUUAAUCCUUUAUUUUAAUGUAAUUCCUUAUAUUUGGGAAAAAAGCCACGAUUUUUUGUUAUGCUUUGGGCUUGAAGGAGAAAUUUACCAAGCUUUGGCUUAUAGCUAUGUAUUGAUGCUUAUCGGAAUAUUUGAUGACUUGCCAUUUAGCUUGUACUCAACUUUUGCGAUAGAAGAAAGAUAUGGGUUCAACAAGACCACGAUGAAAGAGUUUAUAAAAGAUAUCCUCAAAAAUACAUUGGUGACAGCUGCGAUUACAGGGGUUGUGCUUCCUAUUUUAUUAUGGAUCAUUGAUUGGGGUGGAGAAUAUUUCUAUUUAUAUGUCUGGGGAUUUCUGACUGUCGUGAUUUUGGUGAUUUCACACAUUUACCAUGACUGGAUUGCCCAGCUUUAUAACACAUUUACAGAGCUUGAAGAUGGGACAUUAAAGACAGCUAUAAAUGAGCUUGCAAAAAGGCUUAAGUUUCCUUUGAAAAACAUAUAUGUAGUUGAUGGAGACAGACGAUCAGAACACUCUAAUGCGUACUUCUUUGGAUUCUGGAAAAACAAAAGAAUUGUCUUGUUUAACACUUUGCUGAAAAAAGAAAAAAAUAUCAGUGAAGAUGAAAUUAUUGCCAUUUUAGCACAUGAACUAGGCCAUUGGAAAUUGAGCCACUUUUUGAAAGGGAUUUUGAUUUUGGAGCUGCAAAUUUUGGUGAUGUUUUAUCUCUUUGGAAAAGUUAUGUACACUCAAGAACUUUAUAGACAGUUCGGAUUUUCAAAGCAAAACAGUUUUAUAGGACUUAUGCUGUUUUCGUAUAUUUAUGCUCCAGUCAAUGUAGUCCUGUCAAUUAUUUUGACUUUUAGAUCAAGACGCCAAGAAUUCCAAGCAGACGCUUUCGCUAAGAAAAAUGACUAUGGAGAUCUGCUUAAGACAGCAUUGAUUAAGAUCCAUACCCAAAAUAGUGGCAACAUUUACCCAGACCCAUUAUAUUCUGCAAUUAACUUUUCGCACCCGCCACUUUUAGAAAGAUUAAAAGCUCUUUAA